AGGUAAGAACUAGUGUCCCUAGAAGUAAGAGUCUGGCGAAUGUUCUAGUUGGAUACAACAUGGCUGCUAUACCUGUACUACACUUACUGUAGACGUGGUCUCAACGGGUGCACAUGCAUCUGACAAUAUAUUCGCCGUAAGUCCAGCGAACCUUCUGUAAUACGUGCGAUAUUAAAAGACAGUAAAAGAAAUAGAUGCUUGUAAGAAAUGACGGGUUGUGCGAUAGCAGGAUGUAAAAACAGAAGCGAGGACGGUUUCUACAUGAAACGAUUCCCACAGGAUAAGGAAAUACAAAAACUGUGGUUACAACAAAUCGGAAGAAACAACUGGAAACCGAAACGUUAUACAGCAAUUUGUGAGACUUAUUUUGCAGAAGAAAUGUGGGAGAAAACACGACAGGACGGAAGUAAAAAAUUAAAGAUAAAAGCAAUACCAACAAUGUUUUCUGUAUAUAACGAUAAACGUGAGGUAACCACUACAAGCAUUAUUACAAUCCCUGCACAAAAUAAUUCAUGUUUGUCGAGUAUUGACAUUCAAGAUGUACAUGACCAGGCGAUACAUUGCAAUAAUCAUUUACAGGCCUUACCAAAUACUAAUUAUGCAGUGGUGAUUUAUUAGCUGAUUUUUUACAACGUCCUAAAAAAGUAUUAAACAAACUGAAGAAAUGUGUGUUGCACCUAAUGUUGAAAGUAAAAUAAUACAGUUGAAUAAUCUAGAAUUAAAUUCACUGUAUUAUGUAUGUGGAUAUAUCAUAUCAAGUAUCUGUAAAAAUCAAAACAUUUGCGAUAGGUAUAUUGCUUCCGCUGGAUCUAAAACAUAUGAUCCUAAAAUACAAUUUUCGCGACUAGUUAGUCUUAAAUGUUACCGCGCAAAAACAUUAUUUUUUGGAAAUAAUACAACAUUCAAUUAUUUUCUAAACAUGAAUAAUGUUAUCACAAGUUACUUACCGCAUGUUAAGCAAAUUCAAUAUAGCAAUUUCAAUAUAGUUACUUUUUUUUUAGACAAAAUGAAACAUAUUCAAUGUAUGUCAUUAGAAACAUGUCAUAAUUUACAAUACAAAAUAAAAAUCCGUAUUAUUAAAUUUAAACUCCGCAAAAGUUGUUACACCAGUAAAAUAAAAACACCUAUUUAUGACAGCAAAACCAUGGCUAUGUACGCUUCAAUAAAAUAAAUAUG